AUGAUGUCAUCGUCUCAGGCUAGACAUAGCAUUGGCUCAGCCAGUGGUUACGACCUUCAGAACACAGCGGCGGCCUUUGUUCGCGAGUAUACUUCAGCCGUUCAGCUGCAACAACAACAACAGCGGCAUCAGCAUCAAAUGCAACAGACGCAGACGCAAUCUCAGCAAUAUGCAAAGUCCAUGCAGGCAUAUCAGGCGCAACUUCAACAUCAGCUACCCCCAUUGAUGCAACCGCCACCGUCACCGAACACCUUGUCCUACUACUAUCACCAAGAUCGUGGAUGGCUUCGACUGGAACGAUCAGGAAGCGUAGAUGCAUAUCAUCAUGCGGAACUCCAGCGCGCUCGACUGGCUAGAGGCAGUUUCUCAGACCACCAAUAUCUGGAUAGCAUCCUGCAGUAUCCAUCUGGCGCAACUUCUUACGACGAUACGCAUUCGUUGAUGCAACAGCCGCUUCAGGGUGCCCAUUCAACAUAUUAUAACAAAGAUCUCUCACAAAGAGCGGACCGAAUUAUAUACUCGGCCCAGCAUCAGCAUCAGCCCUUCCGAGUCCCGACAGGACAGACCUCAGUACACGAAUACACACCUCAUUCCGGCCAUGUCCCUUCUCAACUAGAGUCACAACGAUCGCAUUUGCAAUACCAACAGCACCAACAACCGCAACAACAACACCUGCACCCGCACCAACAUCAGCAGCAAUUUCGCCAAGCAUCCGGGGCUUAUUCUCAUCAUGUACAACAGUCUCAGCAUCAACAUUAUUCGGGCAUCUCUCCAGCAUAUCAACAACAGGCGCAUCAACCCCAGGUUUUAUCCCAUGCCCAUCAACCUGUACAGUACCAGGGAUCUCGCGCUCAGCUGCAGCAGCAGCACCUCCAACAGCAGCAACAACAACAACAGCUCCAGCAGCUCUACUCUAGUCUCGGCCAGCAGCAACAGCCCGUUCAAUUUCAAUUACAAUCCUCCCUUGAGCAGCAGCAGCAGCAGCAUGCGCCCAAGCGUCUGGACGGCUAUGAUCAAGGUUCGAUCAGUGGAUAUGCUCAAGUUGCGUCUCCAACGUCUCGUCUGCAGUAUCCACCUCAGAGUCUCAACCAACAGCUCCAGCUGCAACAGCAACAGCAACAAGCGCAGGCGCAGGUUCAGCAGCAACAGCAGCAGUUGAUCCAACUGCAGCAAAUGAUCUAUGACCAACACAGGCAAGGACAGGAACAGCAGCAGCAGCAGCAACAUCAACUAAUGCUAGCAGCAGCAGCAGCAGUAGCGCAGCAGCAACUUCAGCAACAGCAACAACAAACUCAGCCCGUAACCAGCAUUGGAUCCGGUCCUCUUACGAUCACUAAGGUGCAAUUAUCUCAAGCAAACCAUUCGCAAAUGGUAGCUCAAGUGCAACUUGCAGAUGGCAAAAGUCAGCAACUCGUCAUUGAUGCUAGAGAAGAGGAGUGGAGAGAUCAUUUGCUAUCGUACGCGCAUAUGCUAUAUGCUUCUGAAGCUGCCAAUCCCACUCCAGCAUCGCCUCUCAUUGCGAUCCUGGAGACCAUUCACAACCUCCACAAGGCCCAUCUCCCGACAUUGCUGUUGCUCGCCUGUGUCUACUACACGCAGCGCAACUAUAAGAUGUCGCUGCACUAUAACCACCUUAUCCUCACUAAAGAUCCAAACUAUGUCGAGGCAAUGAGUAACAUCGGAACGACCCUGCGAAGCAUGGGACGUCAGCCAGAAGCGGAAUCAUGGUGGUGGAAAGCAGUGCGGCUGAGACCCGGAUACUGGGACGCAGUGGAGAACUUGAUCGGAGUUCUGUGCUCUGGCUACGGCACCUCAGAGACUCAAACACAGACGUUGACCGAAUCUUCUGAGACUGAACCAUCUACUUCUGGUGUCGAUCCGUCCAAGCCAAAGACCGAACGGCCCGUUGCAGUGACCCAACAGCCGCCACGGUACAAAGAGGCGCUCAAGAUUUGCGAAUUCGUGGAGGCCAACGUGUUACCAGAUCCGUCGGACCCAACAGGGGAACAGCCAGCACCACUUCCCAUUCAACAUACGCCGAGACUUCAAAAUCUGCUUUACGCCAAGGGCAACUUGAAAUAUGCUUUGGGCGACGUUGCCGGAGCACGUCGUGAGUACGAACGAAGUCUCGAGAUCGUCUUUGGACCCGGUAUCGGAGCGAUGCAAGUUGUGAACGAGAUUAUAUGCUUGACAAGGAUGGCUGCAGGCUACGGCCGACCAACUGCUCGCGAACUCGAGGGAGCCAUGUUACUUCUCCGGCCAGAGGAGGCUCUUCAAGUCACCCAAGUUGUUUUCCGAGAGACUGGCGGUGUCUUGCCGGGGCUGGCUAUCUUGGCAGCCUCAUGUACAGAAGCGAGCGCUACGAGUGCCCAAAGCGGAGUCAGCUCCACGCUGUGGCAGCAAGCGAACCAGACAACGAGCACCAUCCUUUUGACGCUAGCAAAGCUCUAUCAGGAUGUCAUGGAUCAGCCAGCCAAGGCCAAGGAGCUGGCUGGUACUGACAACUACGUUCCAACCAUGUCGAUGCUCUUGCCACUAUACUACCUGAGCUUGGCUUUGAACCCAUCACCAUCAACCUGUAACAAUCUCGGGAUCCUACUGAGCUCGAUCCCACCAACUGCAAAGAUUUUUUCAUAUCCUGCCGCACAGCCUAUGCAGCUUCAGGUGCAGGCGAACGGUCUUGUCAUCCCUACCCCUGCUGCACCCGCAUACCCGAUCACUGGACAGGCGUUAGCGCUGCAAUUCUACAACUACGGUCUCCAACUCGACCCUCGCCAUCCUCACCUCUACACGAACCUGGGAUCGUUGCUGAAGGAUAUGGGGCAGCUGAAUGAGGCGGUGGCGAUGUAUGAAAAGGCAGUCGAGUGCAACCCAAGAUUUGACGUGGCACUAGCUAAUCUCGGUAACGCGGUCAAGGAUUUGGGCAAAGUACAGGAAAGUAUCCAGUGGUACCUUCGUGCGGUUGAAAUCAACCCCAACUUCUCCGAGGCUGUCUGUGGGUUGGUUAAUGCCCUAGGAGGCGUUUGCGACUGGCGUGGACGUGGCGGUGUUGGCCCUGCCAGUGUCAAUGCGGAUGGCCGUCUGGUCGUUAUCAAGAUGUGUCUGACAGACAAGCAGUCAUCUUCGGGCUGGAUGGGUAGGGUCUCUGAGAUUGUCGAGAAACAGCUGACAGAAGGAGCUGUCUGGGGCACCGGAUUGGUCAGAAUCUUCCGUCAGCAUCUCUGGCAAGUGAUCCUGCGCGCGUUCUUGAACUCUGACCUACACCAUCCUGACGUUAGCUUGUGGCAAGCACGAUUGGAUGGCUGGGCGAACCGCACUGACAUUAAGGACCGGAGGAAUGAAGGAGGCUGGAUCAUCCGCUUGCUUGAGAGAGCGUCGAGACGGCUGCAGCGCCAGUGGUAUCUGGAAAAGUAUGAAGCCAGUCCAACAAGACCUAGACGACCAAGUAGCGAAACCAAGGAGCAGUAUCAACGACCAAUGCUUCCCCAAGGGAUGGCGGCACCACCAGUACCCACUGUUCUGCCGUUCCACACCUUCACAUACCCUCUGACAGCGCGUCAGAUCCGGCUAAUUUCUCACAGAAACGCCCUCCGCAUCUCGCAUGGAACACUGGCAUCGCAUUGGCUACCAAACACGGUCUACCCUCCUCCUGCGCCCCCGACGCCGCGGCUAAAGAUUGGCUAUGUCAGUAGCGACUUUAACAACCAUCCGUUAUCGCAUUUGAUGCAAAGCGUCUUUGGAAUGCAUGACAAGAGUCGAUUCGAGGUCUUUUGUUACGCCACCACACCGGCAGAUCAGACACCUUACCGCGUCAAAAUUCAGAGCGAGGUAGAGCACUUUACUGAAGUCUCGACGUGGGGAACUCAGGCUAUUGUUGAGAGGAUCGUUACCGACGGCAUCCAUGUGUUGGUCAACCUGAAUGGAUAUACCAAAGGGGCCAGGAACGAAGUGUUUGCAGCGCGGCCAUGCCCUGUUCAGGUGUCGUUCAUGGGAUUCGCAGGAACACUGGGUGCUGGGUGGUGCGACUGGAUUGUAGCAGAUCCCAUUGUAUGCCCACCCGAGAUGGUUACGGGGGUUGCAUGGAAGAGAAAGCAGCGCUCUUUCAUCAUCGAGAACUCUAACAGCACCAACUGGGAGGCGGCAACCAAUAGCCCGACUACAGCAGGGGGAGUAAAGCGAUGCUUAAGUGCUGACACUGAUGUUAAGAUGGAGCAGGAUAUAGGAAAAGUGCAGGUCCCUGUUACUGCGGCGCUUUCCCGGCAAGAGUUUUCUGACUUUGAGGGCGAUGUCGAUCCCGAAGAUGCCAGCGACGAUUGGGUGUACACCGAGAAGUUCAUCUACAUGCCUCACAGCUACUUUGUCAAUGACCAUCGGCAAGGGUUCAGAGAAGAGGAGAAGGAGCAGGAGAAGCGACUGCUCAUGGUGACUGAGCCCCAUCUGGCUAUGAACACAGAGUGGAGUUGGAUUCUGGAGCAAGAUCGGCGUUGGCAGAUGCGCAAGGAACUCUUCCCAGGCUUGGCCGAGAAUACUGUCAUCUUUGCCAACUUUAAUCAGCUCUACAAGAUCGAUCCUCAAAUCUUCAAGGUUUGGCUUCAGAUUCUGGCGAGAGUCCCCAAUGCCAUUCUCUGGUUACUUCGCUUCCCGGCCGCAGGAGAACCUCAUUUGCUUCGUACGGCUAACGAAUGGGCAGGACCCUCGGUUGCCUCUCGAGUUGUGUUUACAGAUGUGGCUCCGAAGCAAGUUCACAUCCAUCGCGGGCGAAUCGCGGAUUUAUUCUUGGACACGCCCGAAUGUAACGCUCACACAACAGCUGCUGAUAUUUUGUGGAGCGGCACUCCCAUCCUUACAUUCCCCAAAUAUGGCCACAAGAUGUGCUCUCGAGUCGGUGCCAGCAUCGCCUAUGCAACAGGACACGGCAAUGAGAUGGUCGUUAACACUGAGGAGGAGUAUGAAGAGCGUGCGGUUGCAUUCGCUCAGGGCUGUCGAUGGGAGUAUGUUGAAGACAGCAUUCUGAAGCACAGGUUGGGUCUGGCCAACCCCAUGCUGGGUGCUGGAUCAAGCAGUGUCGCGGGCAAUAACAUAUUGAACGGGCACUCGCAGGCUAUGCAGGCUGUCUCUGGCAGUGUUAUGGCCCAACCUAUGUAUAGUGCAGCGACUCCACAACAGUCGAUGGCGCAUGCUCACCAGCAGGCUUACCUCAACGGACAGGUGCCACCACAGCAGACUCAACUGCAACCCCAGAUACAACCUAUGGUUCCGUCUCAGCAAUCGAUAGUACACUGGAUCGGACAUGGGCCACUCAUGGAAUUGCGCAGAAAAUUAUGGGAGAACAGAGAUCGGUCGCUUCUUUUCGACACGUUGCGUUGGACGCGAAAUCUGGAGAAGGGCCUGAGCGAGGCAUGGAGGCGAUGGGAGAGUGGACAGGAUUUUGAUGAGCUGUUGGAGAGCUCUGCAAUGGGUGGCGAUCUUAACGGGCGUCGACCCAGUACUCACCGACGUCACCAUGAACACUACGGAAACAUAGUUGUUCAGCACGACAGUAUGAUGGAGACAAAGUUGGCAAACGGACGUGCUCAGCUUCAGAGUAACGAUAGUAGCAAUGGUGAGGCUAUUGGGAGCGACGGCAUUCUUGUCAGCAAGAUCGGGGCCAGUGAAGGCGUAGCUGCGACGAUAGGGCUUAUGGGUUCAGGAUCAUCAGGACAAGGGUUCCAAGCCGCCACCGAUAUGAUCGAUAGCUCCGGACACAGUAUUGGCUCGUCUGUCUCAGCCUACACUCUUCCGUCGGUCCAUCCUCUUUCUAAUGCACCACUGGCUGUGACUUCAAGUAUGCUUUCGCCGGUGGACUCGGUGGCUUUAUCAACGAUGACUCCAAAGAAGCAUGCGAUCCACAUUGCUGACUACAAGUCCAGUUCGAAUGGCAGCGCAGGGACGUUUGGAGGAUACGGCAUCCCGGAGGGACAGAUCGACCCAGGCCAGCAUGGCGGGCCGAGACGGGCUAGUGGUAGUGGUGGUGGGAUCGUUUUGAGGUCUAAGCUCGAGCGAUUGGACCAACAGAUCCGGUACCCCGAUCUUGGUUGCAUAUAUGUUCGCGAUUAA